GGCGAUCACACGUGACGGUGCCUUCGUCAACAGAUACCAGACAGUCACUCAACCAAUUCAAAAUCGUUUAUCGUUUCAGUCUUUGCAAUUGCACUGGAUUCUAGCAAACCACGAUGCCAGCUACACGCAAAGUUGUGCCUCGCAAGCCCGCUCAGUUAUCGAAUGAAAGAUUCAGAGGCCGAAUCUCUUCACAGCGACGCGCUCGACGACCUGCCGCCCAAGAAACGCACGCGUUCUUCCAAUUCCAAGCCCAGUUCGCCUUCGAAACCCAAAGCCAAGCGUAACAAACGCAAAGCCAAGGGAGAUGAUGUGAAAGAUGAAGAAGAUGUCGAUGGUAGCGAUGUAGACCUGAAGGAGGGGCAGCAAGUCGUAGGUCGCGUCGUGCAAGCUCCAAAGACAGGCUGGGUACCUCCUGGUCAGGUUUCACAGAACACGCUUGAUUUUCUAGCGAAACUCAAAGCCCUGCGUGUAAUGACCGUGAAUGGUUUAAGCUACACGGUCCGCUUCAGCAACGAUAAAACACCAUACAAGAAGGGACUGUCUGCAAGUUUUUCGAGGAGUGGCAGGAAGGGGAUUUUUGCGUUUUUCAAGCCGGGUGACGAGAGCGUCAUCGCUGCAGGUGCAUGGUGUCCUGCGAAGAACGAACUCUUGACUCUCAGACUCUGCACACAAUCCUGGCUUCUAAAGCAUUUACUACCCAUUUCGGCCCUCCCCGCCCACACCCGCAUGGAGAUUGGUGAGCCAGAUGAGCUACCGCGAUACGAGUACAAAGGGGAUACUUAG